CGCGCUCGCACAAAGUUUGUGCCUGCGGUGCACCUCGGUCGGGCUCGCCGGGCUCGAGGGCGGGCGGGCGCCGGGGCUACGAGGCCCUGGGGGAGAGAGCCGGCAGGCGGCGGCGGUGGCGGCGGGGGCGAUGCGGCGCGCCCGGCCGCGCUAGGUGAGCCGGCACCGGGAGCGCGGGCCGCGGCCAUGGGCACCCUGGGCAAGGCGAGAGAGGCUCCGCGGAAACCUUCCCAUGGCUGCAGAGCUGCCUCUAAAGCAAGACUAGAGGCAAAGCCAGCCAACAGCCCCUUCCCCUCCCAUCCCAGCUUGGCCCACAUCACCCAGUUCCGAAUGAUGGUGUCUCUGGGACAUUUAGCCAAAGGAGCCAGCCUGGACGAUCUCAUUGACAGCUGCAUUCAAUCUUUUGAUGCAGAUGGAAACCUGUGUCGAAGUAACCAACUGUUGCAAGUCAUGCUGACCAUGCACCGAAUUGUCAUCUCCUCUGCAGAACUGCUCCAAAAAGUUAUCACCCUCUAUAAGGAUGCUUUGGCAAAGAAUUCACCAGGACUUUGCCUGAAGAUCUGUUAUUUUGUAAGGUAUUGGAUAACAGAAUUCUGGGUCAUGUUUAAAAUGGACGCCAGCUUGACAGACACUAUGGAGGAGUUUCAGGAACUGGUGAAAGCUAAGGGUGAGGAGUUACACUGCCGCCUGAUUGACACAACUCAAAUCAAUGCCCGUGACUGGUCCAGGAAACUUACUCAAAGGAUAAAAUCAAAUACCAGCAAGAAACGGAAAGUCUCCCUGCUCUUUGACCAUCUGGAACCAGAAGAGCUAUCCGAGCACCUCACCUACCUUGAGUUCAAGUCCUUCCGGAGGAUAUCGUUCUCUGAUUAUCAGAAUUACCUUGUAAAUAGCUGUGUGAAGGAAAACCCCACCAUGGAGCGAUCUAUUGCUCUGUGCAACGGCAUCUCCCAGUGGGUACAACUGAUGGUUCUCAGCCGCCCCACGCCGCAGCUCCGAGCAGAAGUCUUCAUCAAGUUCAUCCAGGUGGCUCAGAAGCUCCACCAACUACAGAACUUCAAUACACUGAUGGCUGUGAUAGGUGGGCUGUGUCACAGCUCAAUCUCAAGGCUCAAGGAGACAAGUUCGCAUGUCCCACAUGAAAUCAAUAAGGUUCUCGGUGAGAUGACUGAGCUGCUGUCCUCCUCCAGAAACUAUGACAAUUACCGGCGAGCCUAUGGAGAGUGCACCGACUUCAAGAUCCCCAUUCUGGGUGUGCAUCUCAAGGACCUCAUCUCCCUGUAUGAAGCCAUGCCUGACUAUCUGGAGGACGGGAAAGUGAACGUCCAUAAGCUACUGGCCCUAUACAAUCAUAUCAGUGAAUUGGUCCAGCUGCAAGAGGUGGCCCCACCCUUGGAGGCUAACAAGGACUUGGUACACUUGCUGACGUUAUCCCUGGAUCUUUACUACACUGAGGAUGAAAUCUAUGAGCUUUCCUAUGCCCGGGAACCAAGGAACCACAGAGCUCCACCACUAACACCUUCAAAGCCACCAGUAGUAGUGGACUGGGCUUCUGGAGUGUCUCCCAAACCUGAUCCAAAAACCAUUAGCAAACACGUCCAGAGGAUGGUGGAUUCUGUCUUCAAGAACUAUGAUCAUGACCAGGAUGGAUACAUUUCUCAGGAAGAAUUUGAAAAGAUUGCUGCGAGUUUUCCAUUUUCCUUCUGUGUGAUGGACAAAGACAGGGAAGGCCUCAUCAGCAGGGAUGAGAUCACAGCCUACUUCAUGAGAGCCAGCUCAAUCUAUUCCAAGCUGGGCCUGGGCUUUCCUCACAACUUCCAAGAGACCACCUACCUGAAGCCCACUUUUUGUGACAACUGUGCUGGAUUUCUCUGGGGAGUGAUCAAACAAGGAUAUCGAUGUAAAGACUGCGGGAUGAACUGCCACAAACAAUGCAAAGAUCUGGUUGUGUUUGAGUGCAAGAAGCGAGCCAAGAACCCAGUAGCUCCCACAGAGAACAACACUUCUGUGGGGCCAGUGUCCAACCUUUGCUCAUUGGGAGCCAAAGAUCUGCUCCAUGCACCUGAGGAAGGACCUUUUACAUUCCCUAAUGGGGAGGCUGUGGAACAUGGUGAGGAGAGUAAGGAUCGGACCAUCAUGCUGAUGGGAGUGUCCUCACAGAAGAUUUCUCUUCGGCUGAAGAGGGCUGUUGCCCACAAGGCCACCCAGACUGAAUCACAGCCUUGGAUUGGCAGUGAGGGCCCGUCAGGUCCCUUUGUGCUGUCUUCCCCAAGGAAGACAGCCCAGGAUACUCUAUAUGUGCUUCCCAGUCCCACCUCUCCAUGUCCUAGCCCAGUCUUGGUCAGAAAGCGGGCUUUUGUCAAGUGGGAGAAUAAAGACUCCCUCAUAAAAUCAAAGGAGGAGCUCCGUCACCUCAGACUGCCUACCUACCAAGAACUGGAACAGGAAAUAAAUACUCUGAAAGCAGAUAAUGAUGCCCUAAAGAUCCAACUGAAAUAUGCACAGAAGAAAAUAGAAUCCCUGCAGCUUGAAAAAAGCAAUCAUGUCUUAGCUCAAAUGGAGCAGGGUGACUGUUCUUAGCCCAGAAACUAAGUAGCACAAUCUGUAGAUGAGUAUAGUGAUCUCAUUUCCUAAACUGUAAUGCACAGACCUGAGGAACUUUACACUGACUAGCUUUAAAACAGUACUUUAAAAGGAAAAGCCUGUUACUGUUUAUUUACCUAAAAGAUUCCUAAUGUGCAGCACUGUUUUCUCUUUCAGUUAGUUGACUCAAAGGGGGAAAACUAAAGAAUGCAAAACUUUUGCUAUUCAUACCACUGAUGUUCAUCAAAAGUAUGCGAUCUAAAACAUGACUAUCAUUUCCUGACAAUGGGGCAUCUCAGUGGCCUGCCUGGCUGAUUCUUCCUUAAAACUAAAAUCUCCGGAAAAUGUAUUUGCUUCUUACCCUGUGUUUUCUGCAAACUGACUUACUUUGUUCCAGCCAAAGCUUGCUAAUAAUAGAAAACUACCCAUAUUCCAAAAGUAGAUUUCCUCUGUAUCCCAGCAUACUUUGUGAACCUGGGUCCUUCUUCACUACCUCAGAUCUAAUCAAUUAGUCCAUGUACCCUCCUUCCUCACUACAGUCAUAACACAUGAGCAUAUCUACCUAGAAGCCAAUUUCUACUGAUGUAGCCACAACUUUUUAGAGGCCUAUUGAACAUGAUGUUAUCCAAUUGCAGGUCAACUUAUAGUUGUAGCCUUACAACUUACAGGCAUCAUAAAAUAAGUAAUCAAAUUAGGUACCUGGAAACAUAGCUAUUACCAUCUCAUAUUACUGUCUAAUUAAACAUAACGCAAACAUGUUUGUCCUUAUAUAUUCUACAGUGGAUAGAAUUAGGAAUUGAUGGCUUUGAAAAAAAAAAGUCUAUGAAGAGUCUGUUUAACUCUUCAUGUUCCAUCUUUAUCUUCUGAAGUAAACUAUUUUGAAAGUUCUCUUUUUGAAAUGAAUUUGUGCUUAACUGUCUUCACUAUUAAUACUAUUUAGAAAUAAGCUAAUUGGAUCAGUGGCUUAAAUAAUAGCUGACUGUGUGUACAUAUGUAUAUAAUAUGUAUAUACAAUAUCAGGCAUGCAUGUGGCUUGGAAUUUUGUUUCCUCCAUAAAAUGUGGAAGUGAAUUAAACAAGUUUUAGUCAUUUAUACAAAGUCACAAAUAUAAAGUUCAGUUUGUCACAAGAUUAAAUUGCUCACAAGGUAAAAUUGUACUGUUUGGCAAAAUCACAAGUAACAAUCCUGUGAGUUUUCUAUUAUGAAGGUUAAUAAUAAAUGGGCUCAUUUAGUUGCCUGGGCACCUAUUCACAAAUUCAUUUGUCAGCCUCUUUUUAGUUCUCUUAAAAAAAAAAAAAAUCAUAUGAUCAUUUUCCUUUUUGGGGGUACUUAGCUUCCAUGCCUAUAAAGUCUGGUAGCAGACUGACUUGAAAUUCAUAAACAAGUUGUCCAAUUGCCAAGAAUAUGUUAACAAUUAAAAGUUCCAAACCUAAAGCCAAUAGCACCAAGUCUUCAUAAGAAUACAAAGUAUACAUACAGUAUUGCUUACCUGGAGGAUUCAGAUCAUUUAGGAAUUCUCUUUGAUGAAAGACCAGUUCCCAUUUGAGUUCCUCCUUGCACUGAGUUUUAGUGAUACAGAACUAGCUUGUAGUUAGUGUUUCAUUACAUUAUAAAGAAUCGUUUGACACACAUAUUUACCCUUUUCCAAAUUUAAACUCAGAAAUACCCAAAGCAGGUCUGCUUAAGCCCACUACCUGGCAUAUAAACUUAUAGUAACACUUUGUUACUUUCUUUUUAAUAAGACAAGCAUGAGUUAGGACAAACUCUAAAAAUUCAUAUUCUUCACUAUUCUUCUUUUCCUUUGAUAUAGACCAAAGAUGGUAUACUCUAAUUUUUUAAAACAGUAGUGGAACACAAUUUUUUUCAUUCUUCCUCCUCUCCAUUCAAAGUAAAGAUCCCCAGUUAGUUUUUAUAUAAAUAAACUAUAGGGAUUCAAAAGGUGUCACAGUCCCCUUAAUUAGUCAAAUUAGCAAUGGCUAAACAGUAUCAAGUACUGCAGAAUUUAUCACUGAAAUGGAUAAGAGGAAAUAGUUUCAUCACAGGUUUUUACAGUCCAGCAAGGGCCAAAGAGGUAUAGUAUACAAGUUAAUAGUAUUUGUGUUGAGCAACAUGGGGCUAGUGGGAUCACAGAAAUCUGGAAAAAAAAAAAAAAGGUUUUGGCUUAUCAAGCCUAGUGUAAAUUUCUGCAUCUCACACGACUUUAGUUUGGCCAGGUAUUUAUCUGCCAAAACAAGGAUCUUGUUGUAUUAACAGCAGGGUCACUUCUCAUUUUCUUUGCUGACUUACCUUUUUACUGACCGUUGUGAAUUUCUGUCUCAAAAUGUAUAAUAUAGAAAUGCAAGAAAAAAACAAAUGUACAGAUUGUAAAGUUUUUUGAUACCUAAUGUAAGUUUUCUUUGUGUAAUAUUUAUAUGAUAAAAGACAUUAGGAUCCCUACAACACAAAUGUCUUGUGUUUCUUCUGCUUCGUGACCACGUAAAAUAAACACUUUACCUGAAUUUUUCCUAUAUUCCACAGCUAAGACCACUGCCCUAAUCUAUUAAUCAAAUUGAGUUUUCCUGGAAGGAAAGGCAAAGCAGCUAUUCAGUUUAAAAUUUUCUACAUCUUUUUACAACACGAAGAAGUAACACUACAGAAAUAUUCAAUCUCUUUCCAUCUUAUUCAUAACUUACAGUGGUCCCCAAAUAUUAAGUCUAUAAAUACUUAACAUUAAAGGAGACAGACUUGAGGUUGUCCCUUCUCUGUGGCUUUUAAUUCCACAGUUUCAUCUAAGCAAACUAGCACAUAAAGAAGAAAUCCUUUGAAGCUAUGGGUAAAAUUGGUAACGACAGCUCAAUCCAGGUUACAGACCUACUCAGGGCAAUUUAUUUGUGGUCAUGAUUAUUUAGAAUGAUCAGACAUAGCCACAAUUUUCCCUUAAUCCCCAGCUAAUUUUUGUUUAACCACACCAAUGAAGAGAGAGGAAAAAUUUCAGUCACUCAAAUUCCUCUGUGGAAUGCAUUCUGGAACAUUUAGAUGGGGGUGUAUUUAUCAUUUGGGCAAUUCAUAACACUUCAUACAAAGUAAUAAAGUCACACUGACAGCCUGAUCCUGAAGGCAAGAUUAAACUGCCUGCUCACCUUCCCCAGUUUUCAUCCCCACAUUUCUCUAACCUGUGCUCCUUCCAAGGUAUAGAUAGUAUCACUGCUCAGGACAUUUUUCUGGUCACAAAUUUUUUUUAGGUUGUCAUGCCUCCUCUUGUCACAGAUACAGGUAAUAAGAUGUUUUUUAUUUAAAAUGUUUUCCUUUUUCUGUUUAAUGAGGCAAGGUUUCCCUGAUCUGCAAAACAAAAGUAAGUUCAAAGAAAACCCUUGUUUCCCUUUUGAUGUGUGCUUAUGAGUAACAGUGUGGUGAUUAUGUUAUAGACAGAAUACAUGCUCUUUAUACGGUCCAGAGGAAAGAUGACUACUUUAGGCAGAAACUCCCAGUAAGAUCAUGUCUAUAUUUGCUAUUAGGUACCAGGCUGGACAAAAAGAGAAGAAAAAAGGGGAAGGACAAUGAGGUAAUUAAAAAAUGAAAUUGAGAACCAGGCAAAAAAGAAUGAAAAGGAGCUAUCAAAAAAAGUGUUAGAUUUUAGGAAGCAGUGGAGUGCCAUUCAUCAUACUCCAUGUCGUAUUGCAAUCAAUUUAUAAAACAUUUUCACACGAUGGCCUUUCCCAUUAAGGCCCCAAAUUUCCUUCCUGCUAUUCCAGAUACUGCUCAGCAAAUUGUUCUACAAAAGAAAUUUUUACUGAACAAAGAUUAUCAGGAAAAUCCCACCUUACAGGAAAGAGUAAAAUAUUAAGAGUCUACCUGAUUCAGCUUUUCAUUCAAUUAAGGUUUAUAGGAAUGUGUACAUAGGAGUGGUUUCAGCUCCAACACGAUUCCAGGAGCAAGUGCUAAACUUUGAUAGGAAAUAAGUGAUUGUAGUGAAUAACCCAAGCAGCACUCCUAUAAAGGUACAAAGAAAUCUUAUGGAAAAUCUAAUGAAACUGAUAAACUAUUGUUUCUGCCAUAUUUACCAUAAACCUUUAGUGGUAAAAAAGUUGAAAGUAGUUGUAAAUCUCCUUCAUCAGCAACUAAUGCUACCAAAAAAGAAAUGAGGCAGAAAUGUAAAGGUUUUAAAGAAGAUUUUUAAACAACUCUUGAAAUAAUUUACUCAAGUAGUUUUUUUCUUAAAAGUUUUUAAAAAUUAUUUUUCAGAGUUCAUAGCUACUGAUAAAGGUAUUUUCUUAAUUAUGGAAAGCCUUUUUUCAGCUAUCACAAAUGAAAUUACAUCUUUUCAUUAAAUAUAAACACACAAAAAAUAAAUUUACAAAUAACCAAAAAAUUUUAUAUUUUCCUACCUUGAACACAUUUCUUCAAAGGGUUAGCUUGAAAAAUACAUGUCUAAGAUUACAGAAUAUUCAAUAGUUACUUUUAGGGUUUUAACAUUAUUUUAGAUUUUACCACAGAGUUUACCAAAAAAAUAACAACAAAAAAACCUGCUAAACAUCAAAUACCACUUGUCCACUGGGAACAAUUCAGCUUUCUAUCAGUUGAGUUGGUUAGAUCACACUAAGUUGUUAUGUAUAGGUAUUGACCAGAAGCCUACAAUGAGAUACAGAUUUUACACUGAGAUUGAAAAAAUUUAUGGUACCAGCUCUUUUUCUCUUAACUUUCUACACUAAGAGAAAAAUACAUUACCUGGCCUACAUCUUAAAGCAUUCA